GACGUUUACUCACCAAAAGCAUUUGAAAGGUUUCUUGUUGUCUUUCACCGCGAAAAGUGAGAAUUUUGUGAGGAAUGAAAAAAUGUUUGAUAUAAAAAUCACACAAUUCGUUAAUCCACAUCUCUUCUAUUACCAACUGGAGGAGGAUGAGUUGGGGAAGAAGCCCUUCGAGGAGGAUUUGGAGAGAAUCCUCCCUGCUAGGGAUUAUUUCGUGGGAUGCAAUCAAUGCUAUAGCCCAGCAAUAGGGGAGAUUGUUGGCCACUACAAUAUGAUUGAGAAUAAAUGGCUCCGGGCACAGGUGGACUACGUUACGUACUCACUGACCAAUGAGAAGGUUUACUUCCUCUUUGCACUGGAUUAUGGGUACUCCCUGGAGAGUAUUGGAAAGUGGUUGAGGCCACUUCCGGAGAUUUACAAAGUUAAAUCUCAGAAAAUCUUCAUGGGUGGCAUAAAGGAUAUCAUUCCAUGCGAUUUGUGGGUGAAUCCAGUUUCCGGGAAACAGGAGUAUGGCCCAUCGAAGCACUGGAAUCGCGGGGCAGUCAUGCAAAUGAUCCGGAUGAUUGAUUCAUCGCAUUCAAUGACGUUCACCCCGGAGUUCCGGUUGACAAAUGGCCAGCAUUUUGGCAGGUUGCACAUUAAGACACUCACCCUGGACGUUGAGGAUGUUGCCACGGUGCUGGCUGGGAUGAAUUUUGCCCUAAAAUCCGAAGACUUCCUCGCGGAUUUGCCGAAACUCUUCACGCGGCACUUCCCUCGAUGGCAGGGAAAUGAUCGCAAUGCCGUGAGCUUCGGGCUGAGCACCGUGACACCGCAGCUGUAUCCAUUGGCAACGGAGAAGGCACGUGGGGACGAUGGGGAGGACAUUGAGAGCAAUUUUGUGCAUUUGCAGGACAGCACGGUGGGGAAGGUUGUGUGGAAGUUGACGCGGAAUGAGUUGGAUUACUUCCGGAAUGCGGCAAAUGUGAAGGUACGCAGCUGGCAGGAGCAGAAUGCCAAGUACUUCCAGGAGAAUCCCAUUGACGGCAAUCCAUAUGGGCAGGAGAAGGUGAAUGAGAUGCUGAAGAUGCUGGAGAUGUGUACGGUGGAAGAGCGUUCGGAGGCAAGUCGCAAUGUGCCCAAGAAAUUGCCCGUUGUUCCGGAAAUUAUGGAGAAGAAGGAACAAUGCGAGGAAAUUGCCCAGCCACGGAAGAUCAACAUCAAAGCCCUCCUGCAGGAAGCCAUGGAUACUCCGGAGACCCCUGCUGUGUCUGUGAGGGCUAUUGCCAAGCCAAAACCAGCUGGUUACAUCCAUAAUACCAAUGAAUGACUGAAUUAUUAACCGCUAAAGACUCUUCUUUUCUUUUUUAAAGUAAAUCUUGAAUUUAUUACUGAUCUGUGAAUUAAAGACGCCAUUGAAGUUUUUCUUUUCUUAAGAAAUAAAAUAAAUAUUUUUUCUACAAAAAAA